CUUCCGGAGCCACUUCCGGUGGUGGCUUCUUCGCUUGCUGGGUAUCUCCGCAGCUGGCCCUAUCCUGAGAGGGCCCCGGGCUCGUACUUAAUUCGUCAUCCCUAGGGUACGCUGGUGAGGCUUCCUUUCGGUCUCCAGUAACCCGGUCUGUUUAGCGCUGGGCUGCCUCCUCUGAGGUGGAAAAAUGUGCUGCGAGAAGUGGAGCCGCGUGGCCGAAAUGUUUCUGUUCAUUGAAGAUCUGGAGGAGGAUAAUAAGAUCCUUUGCCUCUGCUCCAGAGCGUUUGUGGAGGAUCGAAAAUUAUGCAAUUUGGGAUUAAAAGGCUACUAUGUUAAAGGCAAUGGCAACAAUGCAGGAGACCAAGCUACAGACCAAGAGGAAGAAGGUGAUAAUUCCCAAAGUACUAAAGAAUCAUGUGAUAGCAAAAGAAUAGGCCUGGAUGAAAGUGAACUUGAUUCUGAGGCCGAACUCAUGAGAAGUAUGGGAUUGCCACUUCAGUUUGGUGGGAUGUCUGCACAUAAGAAUUUUGAAGAGUCUAUGAAUACCAGGAAUAAAGUUAAAAUUAAAAAGAAAAAGAAAAAACAUCAAAAGAAGUACUUAGAUGAGAUUAUUAAAGAAUCUUUGAGACAAGACUAUGAGGAAGAUGACAUUUUGGCUUCAGAUGAUCCAUCCUCAGUUGAACAGUAUAAGAACACCAGAACUUGUAAACUUCAGUCCAGAAAAGAUACUGAAAUUGAAAAUCUUUCUGUUGAAAAUACAUUGUCUCCAAAGCUAGAAAUUACAGAGAAAUGGGAAAAGUACUGGAAUGAAUAUGGUGGAGGACUAUUAUGGCAAAGCUGGCAAGAAAAACAUUCAGAUCAAACACUGUGUUCUGAACCUUGGAACAUUCCUGAUACCAAGGCAGAAUGGGAACAGCACUAUAGUCAACUUUAUUGGUAUUAUUUAGAACAAUUUCAGUAUUGGGAAGCUCAGGGUUGGACUUUUGAUGAUUCACAAAGUUGUGAUACAAAUACGUGUGGGUCUAAAACAGAAGAUGACAAUGAGAAAGAUGAAGAUUGCGUGAAAGCAGACUUACAGUCAUUUCCAUCUUCAUCAGUUGGUAGCGAAAGCUCUAGUUCAAGUGAUAAAGAUCAUAAUGAAGUACUUGAUGGAAUUAGGAACAUAAGGCUGAAUUCAGGGAAAGUAGAAGAGAGCCAGUUAGAGUCAAUUGUAAGUUCUGAUGGACAUCAGUGGCUAAGUGAAGUUAACAGCAGAAGAGAAUGCCCUGCUUCUGGUGAAAGCAAACCUCAUGGUAAAGGAACCGAGGAAAGCAACUUGUCUGGGAAUAGAAGCACAAACCAAUCGGCCAAGGAUUCACAGGAGUGUUCAGAAACAAACACAGUCAAAGAAAGACCACAUCCCAACAGUAUGGAUGGAGACGACAGUGAAGAAGAUCCGCCAGAACAUAAGCCAAGCAAACUCAAGAGGAGCCAUGAACUGGACCCCGAUGAAAACCCAGAUUCAGAGUUUGAUGACAGUGGUUCCCUUCUAGGAUUCAAGCAUGGCUCAGGACAAAAAUACGGUGGAAUUUCAAAUUUCAGUCGUAGGCGGGUCAGGUAUGUACAGAAGAAUGUGAAAUACAAGUCACAGUUCUUGGACAUGAGAAGACAAAUAAAUAUGAAAAACAAACAUAUUUUCUUUACUGAAGACACAGAAAAAACAUGCUUCAAAAAAAGUAAAGCUUUGAGUAAGGUCGAAAAGUUUCUAAAAUGGGUUAAUGAACCAGUGGAUGUGGAGGCAUCACAGGAGUCAAUUUCUCAUGACAACGUGCAAGACACUUGCACGAGCAGUGAUUCAGAAGAACAAGAAAUGUCUGUUACCAAAGGGGAUAUGCCACUGGAGUUGAGCAACCCAGAACCUGGGCUGUGUCAUGCCAUAUCUUUAGCUGGUGAACAUGAAACAGAAAAAAAUGAAGGGGACAGCGCAGCAGCAGCCAUUAUAGAUGAGGGGGAUUGUGAUGCUCAGGAUACACCAGACUCUCUCCAGGUAGAAACUGGAGCUGAAAUUAAAAAGAAGAAGAAGAAAAAACAGAACAAAAGGGUAAUUGGUCUGCCUCCUGAGAUAGCUGCGGUUCCUAAGCUGGCAAAAUACUGGGCCCAGAGGUACAGACUCUUCUCCCGUUUUGAUGACGGGAUUAAACUGGACACAGAGGGCUGGUUUUCAGUUACACCUGAAAAGAUUGCUGAACACAUUGCUGGCCGGGUCAGUCAGUCCUUCAAGUGCGACAUUGUAGUGGAUGCAUUUUGUGGAGUUGGAGGAAAUACAAUUCAGUUUGCCUUAACUGGAAAGAGAGUGAUUGCCAUUGAUAUUGAUCCUGUUAAGAUUGAUCUUGCUCGCAAUAAUGCAGAAGUUUAUGGGAUAGCAGACAAGAUUGAGUUCAUCUGUGGAGAUUUCCUGCUGCUGGCUUCUCGUUUAAAAGCCGAUGUUGUGUUCCUCAGCCCCCCUUGGGGAGGGCCAGACUAUGCCACUGCAGAGACCUUUGACAUUAGGACAAUGAUGUCUCCUGAUGGCUUUGAAAUUUUCAGACUUUCCCAGAAGAUCACUAAUAAUAUUGUUUAUUUUCUUCCAAGAAAUGCUGAUAUUGACCAGGUGGCGUCCUUAGCUGGGCCUGGAGGGCAAGUGGAAAUAGAACAAAACUUUCUUAAUAAUAAAUUGAAGACAAUCACUGCUUAUUUUGGGAACCUGAUCCGAAAACCAGUCUCUGAAUCAUAACUGUGAGGCGGUACAAGAACAAAAAGAUCACGUUCAGAAAAGAUUGGUCAGAAUCUUAUUCAGAUGAGAGACUUGACAUUUCUUUCUGUAUGCACUGAUAUGCAUUGUACCCAUAGUCUUAAAUCACCGUGUAAAAUGGAAAUUUAUAGAAGGUUGAUGAAUAUUAAUGAACUACUUAGAGACUUUGGGGUAAUAUUAACUAUGUAUUGGGCUGACCAAAAAAUUUGUUUUUUUUUCCAUAAGGUGGCUUUAGUAGCACUUCGUUGUCUUUAACUUCAUUUGAAACAAUUUUGUUAAGAUUAUAUCGUGACAGCCGUCAUAUCAGUGUGCAUUCAAAAAACUUAAUUGGUGAAUUUUUGUGUACUCAUUUUAAUAUUGAAGAUGAAAGAAAAUACGCAAUUUUGGCAUGGUAUGCUGUAUUAUUUCAAGAAAGGUAAAAACACAACUGAAAUGCAAAAAAAGGAUUUGUGCAGUGUAUGGAAAGGGUGCCGCGACGGAUCGGAUGUUAAAAGUGGUUUGCGAAGUUUCAUACUGGAGUUUUCUCGCCGGGUGAUGCUCCAUGGUUAGGUAGACCAGUUCAAGUGGAUAGCGAUCAGUUCGAGACAUUAAUUAAGAAUAAUCAACAUUAUACCACAUGGGAGAUAGGUGACAUAUUCAAAAAAUCAAUAAAGUUAUUGAUGAAAAUGCAAAAAAGUUCUAUUUUACAGGAAAAAAAGAGAGUAAGUGUUGUCUGAUAUGGGAGAGGUAGGCUUCCUCCUGUGUUUGAUGUCAGUCAGAAGCUCUGCGUGUGUAUGUGCCUCUGCCUUUAUUUUUUUUAUUUUAUAUGUUUUGAUUUAACAUCUUUGUAUGUGACUGUAUAGAAAACAGUUGUUGUGUGGUCUUCUUUUAAUACAGAAAGAUACAAAGAAAACAAACCCAGUUAGCCCCUGUUGAAAUAAGUAAUGUUACACCUGUAAGGGUAGAAACAGACAGAAUGGUACAAAAUGAAAAGUAAGUCUUCCUCCCUCUACCCCCACCCUUCAUUCAUCUGUCUAGAGAUAACAGUGUUUUAAUCUCCUUUGGAAAACAGAAAGGAAUUGCAGGAGACUCUAAUACACUUUCCCCCUCCAUGACGCACUGUUCAUUACUCCCCCACCCCCUUUUUUCAGUUACUCUGUGUUUUACUAGUAUAUCCUAGAGACCUUUUCCUCUCAGUGCAUACACACAGGUCUGCCUUGUCCCUUUAGUGGCUAUCUUGUAUUUCAUCUCCCGGAUAUGGUGUAAUUUAACCAGUUUCCUACUUUAGGAUGUUUCGCAAUCAUCGACUAUUCUGUGCUGUGAUUAAAGUAUGUGUUUUCCUCCACAUCCCCAGCUCUAGGCGUCAUCAAGCAUUUUAAUCUUUGCCACGUUCUGUGUGGGAAAAAUGGUACCUUAUUGUUUAUGAGGGGCCUCCGUGACUAUGAAUGAGAUUUGACAAUAUUUUUAUACAUUUUGGUAUUUUUAAAAUAAUUUUCCUUUUUUAAAUUGACAACUCCUAUCUUUUACCAGUUUUUGUUUCGGAUUGUUCUUUUCCUUAUUCAUAUGUAUGAAUUCUUUGUAAAUUAAAGAGCCUCUUGUUUUUAGUAGGUAUUGUAAAUAUGUGUUUCCAGUUAUUGCCUUUUAGAGUCAUUUUGUGAUAUUUUUUUUGCCAUAUAUAAGUUUUUAAUCUUAACAUAGUCAGAUUUAGCAGUCUUUCCCUCGCCCCCUGUAUUUGGGUUUAUGCCCUUUAGAAAGAUCUUUUCCAUUCCCAGAAUAUAAAUACAUUUAUGCAACCUUUUUUCUAGUACUUUCUUGUUUUCAUGUCUUUGCUGUACUUGGAAUUUGCUUUUAUGUUAUAAAGUUAGUGUUUUUAAAAUGUCCAUUACAAAAAAAAUGAACUAUAUUUUGUAAUAUGGUUUGUAUUGUUUGUAUUAAAAUAGCCAUGAAAGGA